CAAUUAAGGUGGGGAAUGAGGACAGCUACAGAUGGGCACAUAAAUACACAGAAAGGCAGGUCUGUGUGUGCACUGUGGGCUCCAGUGCUGAGACGACACCUCCUGCGCUGAUCUCUUGGCUUGGACUAAAGAGCUACCUGCAGUAUGAAGGCAACUGGUGCCUUAGUGCUUCUCAGCCUUCUGCUGCUCUCUGUCUUCUCGGAUGUAGCAGGUCAAGACAUUGAAGAGAUUUGUAAAGAGUUUGUAGAGAGAAGUGUGUACUGCACGAGGGAGUCCAACCCUCACUGCGGCACGGAUGGCGUCACGUAUGGAAACAAGUGUGCCUUCUGCAAGGCAGUGCUGAGAAGUGGAGGGAAAAUAAGAUUGAAGCACGUGGGGAAAUGCUGAGUGCCCACUGUCACCGAGCAGAAACCGAGCUGAGCCCCAUCAGCCGUAGACGCCUGUGCAUGGACACGGGAGCAGCUUGCCCUCAUCUCCGCCAUCUCAGCUCAAUAAAAUAAAACUCAGCAUGAUUCUUUGGUUGGAUUCCUCUUCCCGUAGUACCCAGAAAAGGGCUUUGAUAGAGCCGUGCUAGAGACUAAUGCGUGGCUUUGCUCUGCUGUGCUAUUACAUCACCCUCCUACUGGGAGGCAAGGCGCUCCCUGUGCCAGAGCGGUGAUUUCCAUCCCCAGCAGCUUUAGCUCUUCUGUCCCAUCCUGACAAACUGGCACAUGCUUGCUGGGCAGCAAAGCAGAGCGAUCGCUCAUGGGCUCCUGCCCAACUUUUCCCAGCCCAGGGUGUGGGUGACAGUGGGUGCCUUUAUUCUUUACCCAGCCUCCAUAGACGUGUUCCUUCCUCUCUCGGAGGUUAUUGUGGGAGGGUGACAGGAGAGCUGGUGAACAGCGUGACUGCAUAUGCCUCAUCUCCUUUGGAAACCACAGACAAACAAGCUGAGGCAAGGGAAUGCUGCUCCAUUUAAUCCUGCAACAAGAAGAUGGCAGGUGGAAGCUGGUUUUAGGCAGAAGCUGCAAGACUCUUCUUCCCAAAUCAGUCUCUUUCUUCUUCCUUCUAAGAGAAUGCUUUGUCUUGAAAACUGUGAACUCACCAGCAUUAGUUUCCUGCUGCCAAGUGGUUUCUCAUGCUAAUAAAAUU